AUGCUAGAUAUGGUAGAAGCGUUCAAAUUCGAGCUGCUUCAAUCCACUCCUUAUUAUGCUCAAGCCAAUGGGUAUGCAGAAUCAAGUAACAAGGUGAUCAUCAACAUUAUCAGAAAAAUGUUUGAGAAAAAUCCAAAGCAGUGGCAUGAGAAGUUGUCAGAAACUCUGUGGGCAUUUAGAACUUCAAAAAGAGAGGCAACUGGCAUGACCCCCUAUGCUCUGACUUAUGGCCAUGAUGCAAUUCUGCCUAUGGAGAUAGCAGUCCAGUCCCUCAGAAUUGCUCAUCAACACAAUCUGGUUGGAGAGGAUUAUUCUCAAGCCAUGCUGCUUGACAUUAUGUGCAUAGCAAAUGAACCGAGAGAGAGAGAGAGAGAGAGAGAAGAAGAAGAAGAAGAAGAAGAAGAAGAAGAAGAAGAAAGAGUGGUGGUGAAACUCUUGGAGCUUGGUUUAAGUGAUAGUACGUGA